CUGCAUUCUUGUACUUUAGUAGGCAUAGCGCGGUGACGCGUGCGCACGACAGAUAACCGCAAUUUUACUGAGGCGGUAAUAAAAUUAUUCGUCGACACUGUUUGAGGUCGUCAUUCAAGGUCCAACGACGCGACGUUCCAAAUCUGCCGCAGAACACCUAACAACAUCACAGAUAUUAGGGCCAGCAUGGCGGCAUCGGUGGAUUACUCCAAAGUGCCGGUCAAUGAGAAGCCGCUGUACACUCCGCCGUUAGAGGAAAUUGUAGAUGUGCUGUCUCAGCGGUUGCCCGCCACGUUCGAGUAUGUGAAGGUGUCUGCAGAGGACAGUCCCGACCUCAGCCAGCCACCUUUCAGCCUCAGUGCACCAGGCCUUACGGGCGACGUGAAGCUGGUGGAGAUAGGCGGGCCGCCGUAUCUGUUGCCGCUGGUGCAGCGCGACAAAGUGUACGACUUGGCGGCGCUGCUGCGGCACCUGGGCAGAGAGCCCGCGCUGCUGGCCGGCGCCGGCGCGGGGCCCUGGCCCUACCUCGGCGUCAACUGCGAGGGUAUAAUCAACCUGUACGUGAACAAGGGUCAGGCGUCGCAAGGCACACGCGUGGUGUCGGUGGAGCCGGUGGGAGCGGCUAAGGGCAACUCGGGCUACAAGCAGAGGCAGCUGCCCAACAACGAGACGCGCACUGCGCUGCUCGGGAACUACCUGCUAUCGGAGGGGAAGCCUGGCAAGGUUAUUAAAGUAGUUGCCAAAAAACGAAUCGGGCAGGCUAACUUCAUCACUGCCAUCAGAGAGGCACUGAAAGAACACUAUGCUGAUAAAGUUGUUGGUCUGGGAGGCACGUUCCUCCUCCGCGAGGGCAAGGUGAGGCACCACGUGAUGCCGGACUUCAGCGCUGCGCCGGUGUGCACGGACGCGCAGGUGGACGAGUGGCUGCACUUCUUCGAGAUGCGCGCGCCCAUCGUGCACGUCGGCACGCUCGUCACCGGAGACUUGGGUCUGGACCUGCGCGUGCAGCAUUUCCACGGCUUCAGCCAGCACGGCGACGGCGGCCACUACCACUACGACACCACGCCCGCCGACGUGCACUAUGAGGGCUACUUCGCACUCGCCUCCUCCAUCAUCAGGGUCGACGCGCCGCCCGACACGCACGGCGUCGGCCGAGAUUGACCGUACUCUCCAAAGAUUACAUAUUGUGUACACGGUGUAUUUAGAACGCUAGCAAAAACAAAGACAGGUGAUAGUACUGCUGAUUAAUGAUUAGAUAGGUUCUACAAAAAAAAAUCUGUAUUUUUUUAAAGUUCGCAAUGUAUUGCAAAUAAAACAUCUGACGCGCUAGAGGUUAACGAACAUUGCUUAGACAGCUGGUGUCGUGGCGUCAAUGGCUUGUCGUAGGCGAAAGCGGCAUUGACUUCGAGUGACCUAUUUAGGGAACGUUCGUUGACCUCUAGCAUCAGUCAGAUGUUUUAUUUGCAUAUAUUGUGAACUUUUAAAACUACAGGAUUUUUUUUAAAUAUUCAUAGUUUUUAAUGGAAUGUUAUCAGUAAUCAUCAGUACUAUCACGUGUCUUCGGUUUUGCUAGAGUUUUGGUUACACCCUGUAUAUUAAUAGGUAAUAUUAAGUCAAAUGCGCUAAUGUCAUUCCCAAUGUUGUGUUAUAUUCGGCUUGUAACUACUACGAUGUAAUCUCGUUAGAAAUAUAAGAUGUCUAUUUUUGUGUAUAGAUUAGGCAAUUUUAUCUAUACUUGGCCGCCACAACGUCUUUAAGUUAUUAUGUUUUCAUUCUUAGUUGUAUAAUUAUACAAAUAAGAGUGUGGGCACGUGGACGUGCGUUGCUAUGCCGUAUCAGCUCGCUCGUUAAGAUUUAUUGAUAAAAAUAAACUUUUUUAUAUACUUUUAGAGUUUUAAUGUUUUACCCAAUCAUAGAAAUCCAUACAUAUUAUGAAAAUUAAUGUUUGUGUUCGUUUGAUCGAUUCGAUCGAACAAACAGUGCAGUUUGAAGUGCAGAUUACUAACUUAGAGCCAUCAAAGUACAAUAGGUUGCGUCCGAGUCGCAUUGCAACGCAUGCCGGGUAUCAAUCGCCACCCAAAUUAUAAAUGCGAAAGGGUUUGUUUGUUGUUUUAUCCUUCAAUCACGCCGCAACAGAGCAACGUAUCGACGUGAUUUUUAUAUGGAAAAUGACGAAGGCCGAUAGGUAUUUUUAAAAUCUACAAAGUCGCGGGCAUAAACUAAUUGUACAAAAGAAGAAACAAAUAAAAGUAUCGUAUAUUGUGGCAUCGUAUUUUAUUUAUUUACACUACCUCCCUUCGCAAACAUUCAUACAUCUUUAAUUCACAUUAAUAAGCGAUUACAAAAUUUUUGAAUCAUGUGAAUCGGGAAUUAAUUAUUUAUUAUUUCAACAAUUCGAUGAAAUGAAUUUAGUAAAAGUUUUAACUAUAUUCAUACAAAAAUAGAUUUAAAUCGAAACACCACUUUUUACCCAAAAUGUUUGGUAGUGCCUACUCGGUAAGUAUGCAAAUCUCUCUGUCCUUUUCAUAAUAGUCCAAUCCGAACGGGAUAGCACUAUUCCACCUGUCAAUAAUUCAUAGAGAUUUCUAGUCUACUACCAAGCAAACACAUAAGGCCUGCAAAGACAAGGGACAGUCCUCGGGGUACCUUUUGUCCGUCAAAAUAGAUCGCUUCCAAGUUACACCUGCAUCGAAUAAUGCAUACGGGGGACUAAAAGUACCCCAUACAAAGUCCCUCGAAUAAUUAGGACAUCGACAGACCAGCCCGCAAAAAGUACGGAGGGGCUCCUCGAAAAAAAAUAGAACUAACGAUUCCAAGGCGCGCCAACGCACACGGCAAAUUUUAGUCCGCGUUGAGCGCUCGAGAGUUUGAAAUUAUCGCUUACCGCGUGCGUUGAGUCCGUGGCAAGUCCUCGGUGGAUAUUUCAUUAUGCGUCGGGGAUUUCUGCCCUCCGCGGACAAAAGGCCCCUUGUCUGCGCAGGCCCAUAACAGCAAAUUGAGAUCAAUUCUUCGCCAAUGCGGGAUUUUAUCAAAAACGGUUUUGUUAUCUUAUAGAAAGUGUAUCGAAUUUUUUAAAUUCUAAAUUUCACACAGCCCAUAUUAUUUUAUUGAGUGCCGAACUUUCAAUCGCCAAAUAAAGCUACACUGAGCAAUAAAUUGGACGUUUUGACAGUUUUCGCAUUAGAAAUUUGGCAAAAUGUCAAAUUUAUUCAUUCACUUUAAAGUUUAUUUGAAGAUUCAAAAAUCAACCUUAACGCUAAUUUCAUAUGGAGCAGGAGAGCAAGUAGUAUGUAUUGUAUAUUAAAGUGUAGUAACCUCAACCUUAGUACAAUUUUGCACAUCUCGUAAACGUCGAUGGAUUUCGAGAAUCGAACUAGUGCUAUAAAGAUCAUGCGCGUUGACGUGAAGAACUGUAGCGUCAGUAUGAGAUUUUACGAAACACCGUAACAUUUUUUUCAUUACAUUUAUUUAAUUUGUUUAUGAAAGUAAAAGUGACAUUGAUUUAAAGUAUUUCGGUUUCAUCGUCUUUUAUUUUACAACGUGUAGAAUGUAUACACAAACUUUAGCUUUAAAGCAAGGUCUCUAAGGUACCAAUUCUAUCAACAUUCACGAGAUGUAAAACAUCAUACUAACUCUACUUCAAUAUCUCAUACAUAUUAAGCAACGCACCCCAUAUGAAAUAUGCUUAGUUCCUAAACGAAUCGCUAGCUACCAAUUAUAUCCAUACCAUAUUUAACAUCUAGUUAGCCUAACAUUUACAUUGUUGUCAACACCGAGCGCAGAGCACGAGACACAUGUUCGUUCGGUGCGCACCUCGCGGCUGCUCGGGCGAGGCGACCUGCGUCCGCGCAUCCCGAGGCACGUUUCACUUGUGAAGUUACCCCGCGAAUUCAUUGGCGAAUCACUCCUUUUAAAUUAAUAUUUUAUGAAUAAACAAUUUUUUUAAAUAUUAAGUUCAUUCAUUUUUUGAUUAUACUGGAUUGAGUAUAAAAUAAAUAAAUUCAGUAUUUAUGUAGAACU